AUGGCAGUGGUGAAGGAGAUUCUCCGAUCCAGAAACCUCUUGCUCGUUGUUCUCAUUCCACUUCUGCUGCUUCCUCUGCCACUUUUGUACCCCUGCAGCGAAGCCUCAUGUGCCUACGUGUUGAUUGUGACAGCUGUAUACUGGGUUUCUGAAGCAGUACCUCUUGGUGCAGCAGCCUUAAUUCCUGCUUUCCUAUAUCCACUUUUUGGAGUCAUGAAGUCCAGUGAGGUGGCUGCUGAAUAUUUCAAGAACACAACUUUGCUCCUCAUGGGAGUGAUUUGCGUGGCAGCUUCUGUAGAAAAAUGGAAUCUCCACAAGCGAAUCGCUCUGCGAAUGGUCAUGAUGGCUGGAGCAAAGCCAGGCAUGUUGCUUCUUUGCUUUAUGUGUUGCACCACGGUGCUCUCCAUGUGGCUUUCCAACACAUCCACCACAGCCAUGGUGAUGCCAAUUGUGGAGGCAGUGCUCCAGGAGCUAGUGAAUGCUGAGGAGGAGCGUGAUGUCAUCAGUACUGCAGGCAGCACCAUUAUUGAAGAAAACGAGCCAAUAGGUCUCAGCGAAAAGCAUGACCAACCUUCACUGGAGCUUAUCUUCAUCAAUGAGGAUGAUACUACUACUGACUUCAGCUCCUUGAUGCAAUCAAAGACUAUGAAUAGCAUGCACAUGAUAGCCAACCCAAUUGGAACGAUGAAAUCCAAGAGCAAUGGGCAGCACCUACCUCAGUGUAUCUCCUCACAGGCUCAGGUACUAGUCCUGCCUCCUAAGCCCUCUGAACUGGAUCUGAGCACUAAGUACCGGUAUCAGUCCAGACACGACCACAUGAUCUGCAAAUGCCUCUCACUGAGUAUCUCCUAUGCAGCAACCAUUGGAGGACUGACAACCAUCAUAGGGACUUCAACUAGCCUCAUAUUCUUAGAGCACUUCAACAACCAAUAUCCAAAUGCUGAGGUGGUGAAUUUCGGAACCUGGUUUUUGUUCAGUUUCCCCAUUUCCCUCAUCAUGUUGGUCCUUACUUGGUUCUGGAUGCAUUGGUUGUUCUUGGGUUGCAAUUUUAAGGAAACCUGUUCUGUGAGCAAGAAGAAGAAAACCAAACGGGAAGAAAUGUCAGAGAGAAGAAUUCAUGAAGAAUAUAAGAAAUUGGGAAAUGUCAGCUAUCCUGAGAUGGUGACUGGAUUUUUCUUCAUCCUGAUGACUUUGCUUUGGUUUACUCGUGAGCCUGGCUUCGUACCAGGCUGGUCAUCAUUUUUUAUAAAGAAAGGUUACCGGACUGAUGCCACUGUUUCUGUUUUUCUUGGUUUCCUCCUUUUCCUCAUUCCAGCAAGAAAGCCAUGUUUUGGAAAAAAAGAAGAAGGUAAAAAUGCUGAAAGGUCAACAGACACCAGUGCACUGGAUCCCAUCAUUACCUGGAAGGACUUCCAAAAGACCAUGCCCUGGGAAAUUGUAGUGUUGGUUGGAGGUGGUUAUGCUUUAGCAGCUGGAUGCAAGACCUCUGGCCUCUCUACAUGGAUUGGACGCCAGAUGCUGUCCCUGAGCAGCCUUCCCUACUGGGCUGUAACUCUACUGGCCUGCAUUUUAGUGUCCCUGGUAACAGAGUUUGUUAGCAAUCCAGCAACCAUAACCAUAUUUCUACCUAUUUUAUGCAGCAUGUCAGAAACCCUGCUUAUCAACCCUUUAUACACCCUGAUUCCUGUCACCAUGUGUAUCUCCUUUGCGGUGAUGCUGCCAGUGGGUAAUCCUCCAAAUGCCAUUGUCUUCAGUUAUGGGCAUUGCCAGAUUAAAGAUAUGGUGAAAGCUGGUCUGGGAGUAAAUCUGAUUGGUCUGGCUGUUGUCAUGGUGGCAAUCAACACAUGGGGAAUUAGACUUUUCCAGCUGAAUACUUUUCCAGAAUGGGCAGCAGUAAGCAAUGUCACUAGGCAGACAUAAUCUCCAACUCAAAAAAAAAAAAAAAAAAAAGUAGUGCAAGACCAAAGCGAGUUUGGACAAAAUACUAAAUGUAAACUGCACAUAUGAAAGAAAACUGCAAAGAAAACUCACAGAGAGAUCUUCUGCAUAACUCUUUCAGUUCUGAAAGGCAAUGUGAGUUAAAAGGAGAGAUUAUUUUUCCUCUAUUGUUGCUUCCCCUGUGAUACCAUAAAUCUGAAAAAAAAAAAAACAAAAAAAAAACACACUCCUCCAAAUUCACAGCCUUUUCUUAUGUCUAGAACAAUUAUGUAAGAGUUACAAAGACUGGUGAUAUUGCACUCCGAUACAGAAUACAAGUAUACAUAAAUAGUGUAUUCAAGAGCUCACUAUUCAGUUUUACUGUUGACACCUACAGAGAGGGAAAAGUGACUCUUCCUUCCAAACUCAGAGUUUUCUAAGCUUGCUUCUUUCGAAGGCAAAUUGUUCUUCUUUUGAGCUAAAUCAUCAGUGUAUUGGAAAAACCCACACUGCCAGUUAAUCGAUAUGGCCUGGAAAGAAAUGCAACUACCAAUCUUCAGGUACAGCAUUUCAAAGGGAUAUCAGAAACUGCAGAACAGACAGGAAGGAGAAGUCUCCUGGUCAAGAGAAUUGUUGGGUUUUUUUGUUUUGUUUUGUUUUCCACAACACUAGUAUGAAGUUUCCAGUACUGCAGUACUUGCAAUCCCCAAUAUAAAGUUUUAGUCAUUAUCUUCUCUCUUUAUUACUUCAGUGAGAGCUUUUUCAGCACAGGAAACUGUGACCAGAAAAACAUUACCUGGCCAACAGACGCAUUACUCUCCUCUCUUUUUGACUCAGAUUAGAUAGUUAUGCACUUACAAUUUCACUGACAGAGAAAGUAACAUCUCUUCCAAGAUAGUGCUGCUCCAUGAGUAAGAAGGGAGCGGGCUGAAGUGGAGUUGCGCUGGCAUAGCUCCUCACCAUAUGCAUUCACUUGAACAUCACACCACCCUGCUCUCUAGCAGCCCAGAGAACAGGAAUUUCAAUUGUGGGAAACUGUCAGAUAAAGCAGAUAAUUAGUAGACCAAAAGGUCAAUCUCCUUAUCAUGCGCAAAGAGAAUGUCCUGGUCUUCUGACUGGAUCCCUGUGAUACCUAGUAAGCCCUCUCUUGCAUUAUGUACUGUUUUAAAUCUUUUUUUUUUUUUUUUUAAAUGACAGUGCCUUUAAGCUGUAUAUUAAGAUGAUUGGAUCUAACAUAACCACACUCUUCAUACAUAUACUUUAAUAAAUUUGUAUGCUUUCUGCACAUAAUCUAGGCUCUCUAGAUGUUAGUGUGAAUGCCUGUGCUGCAUAAAUAAGAUGUCAAUAAAAUAAAUUAUUCACUACUGCAUAUUUUUGUGCUCUAUGAGAAUAUAAAUAAGACACAUUUCUCCUCAUAACCCACCAAACCCUUACAGAAGCAGUGCUGAGACAGCAGGAGCUGUUCGUUUAUAGCUUCUAUCAAAACAGAGCGAUUCCACAGUUCUGCCUUGUAAGUAAACACAUGCAAUAAGAGGUCUUAGGUCAGCAGAGGAGGAGCAAAAUUGGAAGAUCACAAAAGCAUUUCUUACCAAAAGCAGAAGGCAACAUCCAUUAGCAGAACAAUUUCUAUUCUUAGUGCUUCCUGUAAACUUGUUUUUGAAAAAGAGUGUUGCUGUAAAUCCAUGGCCCAGUGCAUCCCUGCAGCCUCUUAAACUGUGGAAGUUGGCUUCUGUCUUACUUCUCACCUCCUUAAUUCCUUUAUCCCGCUCCCCUGAGUCUGCUACUCUGUCACACUGCAGCACACACAACCCAUGGGGCCCCUCUGGCACCCAGUCCUGCACUCCUUGCUGGCUCCCCUCUCUGGGCAGCCUCCUGCUCUUCAAGUAGCAGUUGCCUCCAGGCACAGACUGCAAUGCUCAUCCACCAACAUGGACAACAGUCUCCAGGAGCAAGUGCUUUUGAGGGUUGAGUGGCUGCAGUACCAAGGGUGACCUCAGGCACAACGUGCCAGACAUCUCUUUUCACAGCCCCCCAAAGUUACUUUCCACCAUUCUCCCCCUGACAACUCU